UCUCUGGAUAAAUGGCUGUGUGCUCCCGCGCCUAUGCGAUAUGAAAUUAUAAUUAAAACGAUUAGUUUACAAGUUGUGUUGCAUCGAUUCGGACGUUUCUGAGAAAAUGUCAGCAAGAAUAUUAAUCGUAGGUGCUGGAGCCUCUGGAAUAGCAGCCGCAACGCAAUUGUAUGAAAAUGGACUUACGAACCUGGUCGUAUUGGAGGCUACUGAUCGAAUUGGGGGCCGAGUCUACACCAUACCGUUUGGUGAAAGCAUGAUUGAUUUGGGAGCCCAGUGGUGCCACGGGGAAAAGAACAAUGCUGUUUAUGAACUUGCCGGACCACUGGGGCUAUUGGAAUCAUCGGUCGUAGCUAGUGGAAAUGUUCUGGUGAAAAAUAACGGUGAGAUGGUACCCAAAGAAACUACUGAUCGGCUGAUGGCAGUUGCUGAGAAGAUCAUGAGUGAAGCCGAAAUGUCCUCACACGAUGGAACGUUGGGAGAUUUUUUCAUGGGCAAGUUCAUGAAACUGGUCGAAGAUGGACAGAUAUUGGGAGAUAUUGAUCGUGAACUAAUACAGCAGUUUCUGAGAUUCUAUAAAAGCUAUCAGGAAGGGUACGCUGCCGUUGAUUCAUGGUACAAUCUCACUGCUUCAAGCUUGCACGAGUAUGACGAGUCGGAAGGAGAUCAAUCGCUGAGUUGGAUGGGACAAGGAUACAAGUCUGUUUUAAAUUUGCUAAUGAAAAAGCACCCUUCCCAAACCGACGGUGAGCCUAUCCCAAUCGAAGACAAAGUUCUCUUCAACAAAACCGUAUCAAACAUCAAUUGGGGAAAGGCUCCCGAUGCACCAGUAACGGUCCGAUGCACCGAUGGUACCACGUACGAUGCCAAUCACGUCAUCAUCACCACCUCCAUCGGAGUUCUAAAGGAGAAUAUCAACACGCUGUUCACUCCCGCAUUACCAAUGAUGAAACAAAACGCCAUCAAAGGAAUCUACUUCGGCACGGUCAACAAAAUUAUAAUGGAAUUUGAGAAGCCAUUCUGGACUGCUCUUGGCAACACCUUUGGACUAAUUUGGGAAUCAGAGGAUCUGGAGAAAUUACGCGAGUCCAAAUAUGCAUGGACCGAAGGAACGUCGGCUUUCUUCAAAAUUGAUCGUCAGCCUAAAUUGUUAGCCGCCUGGAUGAUUGGAAAGGAAGGUCGUCAGAGUGAGUUAUUAGACGAUCAAGAUGUUAUCGAUGGUAUGAUGUACUUGUUGAAAAUGUUCUUCAAGAACGAGCAGAUUGAGAAACCGGUUAAGGUCAUAAGAUCAAAAUGGUCCACAGAUAGUAACUUCCGGGGAUCCUACUCAAGCUACUCUCUGGAAACGGAGCAAAUGAAAACGAGUUCAGAUGACUUGUCGAUUCCGCUCACGGACUGUCUGGGUACUCCGGUGCUCUUGUUUUCUGGGGAGGCUACCAAUCAGGGACAAUAUGGCACCGUGCAUGGGGCUAUUGGAAGUGGAAGACGCGAAGCAGAACGUUUGACUAAGUUAUACAAUAAAGUUUAGUUGGAGCAACUGUUACACGUUUUAACGAAGUUCUGGACAACGAUUAUCCUUUGUUGUAUGUUUGAGGAAUAUACGAGUCGAAUAAAAUAUUGGAUUUUUCCAUUGCCUUUUUUCCU